AUGACUACCUCCAUCGAACAGUUGAAUAUACCAACAAUAACAUUCGAACCCUUUACUCUCCCCCCAACCAACCAACGCAUCCUCGGCCCACCCCACCCCAGCAACACCGUGAUCCCCCUAGCCCUACGUCCAACAGAAGACAACAAGAAAUCCCUCACCCUCGACUCCAUCAUCUCAACCAUCAAAACCCUACAAUCCCGCGAUCAAACCUUCACCAAAUACCUCGCGCGCCACGGAACUCUCCUCUUCCGAGACCUCCCAAUCCACAACGCCGACGACUUCAGCAAAUUCGCCCAUGCCUUCGGAUACAAGCCGCACGAGAUCAUCGGCAUCGUAGUCGAUCGCCCAUUACUGGCUCCGAAUGUAGCCCCCGCCAACGAGGCACCGAAGGACGUGCAGAUCUACAACCACAACGAGUCGCCGCAGGUCCCGCAUGCGCCGGAGUAUAUCUUCUUUUAUAAUCAGCGCGCUCCGGCGAAGGGUGGGGAGACCCCGAUUUCCUCGUCGUUAGAGUUGUUCCGUCGUGCGCAGGCGGAGAUACCCGAGUUUAUUGAUGAGCUUGCUGAAAAGGGGAUACUGAGUAAGGUUGCUUAUAAUAUUGAGAAGCAGUAUGAGGGCGGUUCUACGUUGCGCCAGGCAUUCGGAAAAGAGAUUCAAGAUGGUGACAGUGAAGAGACGAAGCGGAGGAAGAUCGAAGCACAGAUUGCUCGGUAUGGUCGUGGGAAACAUACGACGUGGGAAUGGACCGAGACUGGGAUUGUGCUGACCCAUCGACUGCCCGUGAUUCGGACGCAGCCGGGGACGAAUCUGCCCACCCUGUUUACUGGGCUAGCGUCGUAUUAUAAGAGGCUACAGGCGAACGACGAGAGGAAGAAUGUUACACAUCAGCUUUAUGGUGAUGGGACGCCUAUUCCGGAGAAGUAUCUGGCGCAUUUAGCGAAGAUUACGGAUGAGAUUCGGGUGUUGCAUCGGUGGCAGGAGGGGGAUGUGUUGGUUUUUGAUAAUGUUAUUGCGCAGCAUGGGAGGGAGCCAUGGGAAGGGGAGCAGACGGAUCGUGUGGUUUUAGCGAGUUUGUUUGAUGGGCCCUUUGUGCCGGGUGCUUAUGGAUUUGGGGAUUGGACACAAGUUGCGCAGGCACUUGAUGGGUAG